CCCCAACCGAGGGGCUGCGGGGCCGCCCGCACCGCCGCGCCCCGCCCCCUGUCACUUCACGGCGGCGGCGGGGCAGGGCGAGCCGGCAGCCCCCGGCCCCAUGGAAGGCGGCGGCGAGGUGGGGCGCCUCGCGGCUCCGGGGCCGGCCGCCUCGUCCUCCAACUCCCCUCCCAGCCUCGUCUUCGUGCGCGGCAGCGGAUAACGGCGGUAGCAGUGCGCUCCGGGACCGGUCUCCCCCACCACCCCCCCGCCCUCGCUCCGCCGCCUCCUACGUCUUUCUCCUCCGCCUGCCUCACGCUCACGCAGGCCUCGCCCCUCGUGUUACCUCACCGCGCAGCACCAUGGCCGACCCGCCCCUCGCGCCCGGCGUGAGCGCCCAGAAGCACUGUGGGAGCCGUAGGCGCUGAGCGAACAGCCGCCAUCUUGGUGUCUCACCUCAGCCUGGUGAGCUGCCCCAUGGCUUCUCUCUCACAGCGCCCUGAGAAGCGUCGAAGGGAGACUGUGAAAGAGAUCCUGGUCCCAUGCAGCUGCUGAGAGCAAUGAGCAACUUCAGUGCAGACACCACUCAGCCGUGAAAGCACCCAUGAGCAUUGGACAACACCGAGGAGAACAAGAGGAGAAGUGGGAAACUGAAGCAAGUGGGAAUGUUACAAGAGGUGGAUAUGCAAUGAGUAGAACAGCACGGGACAACUUGAACGUUCCCUCCUUCCCUCAGAAGAGGCAGGAAAAGGAUCAAAAGAAGCAGAUGGGUCUGACCUUUCAGUUUCCUGUGAGAUGACAGAUAAAAGCUGGAGUGGCAAGAUGAAGCUAUAGCUGUGAACCAGUUGCAUACCAAGCCAAGAAGGAAAGAAAACGAAGCAAUGAAGUCCAUGGUAGCUGCCUGUUUUUUCUAGAGUGCAUUGGCAGCAGGUGGAACAGAAGCAGCUCUCCGCUUGUGAAUGACCUGCAGCAGUUAUUUAUUUCCUGCAUCCUGCUGCAAUUAUGCCUGCCUUCAUUAUUAAUUGGUGAAUGAAUAGGUUUCUACAGGCACCAUGAGGCACCGAAGAAAUGGCAAUUUUGAGAGUUCCAGACUCCUCAAUUCCAGCAUGUCUCGCAGCAUAGAUGUGUCAUGCAAUGACAGCGAUUUGGUCAACUUCAUUCGAGAAAACUUUAAGAAAAGAGAAUGUGUCUUCUUUACAAAGGACAGCAAGUCAGUGGGCAAUUUGUGUAAGUGCGGAUACCCUGAAAGUCAACAUAUAGAGGGCACUCAGAUCAAUGAUGAUGAAAAGUGGAAUUAUAAGAAGCACACUAAGGAAUUUCCUACCGAUGCCUUUGGGGACGUUCACUUUGAAAAUAUAGAAAAAAGAGGAAAGUACAUCCGUUUGUCAUGUGACACAGACCCUGAAACACUCUAUGACCUCAUGACACAGCACUGGCACCUGAAAACCCCUAACCUUGUCAUCUCUGUCACUGGAGGGGCAAAGAACUUCGCGCUCAAGCCCCGAAUGCGCAAGAUAUUCAGCAGGCUGAUCUACAUAGCCCAGUCCAAAGGGGCCUGGAUUUUCACAGGAGGUACACAUUAUGGGCUGAUGAAGUACAUUGGGGAAGUGGUCAGAGAUAACACCAUCAGCCAGAGCUCGGAGGAGAAUGUGGUGGUUAUUGGCAUAGCAGCCUGGGGUAUGAUUUCCAACCGAGAAAGCCUGAUUCGCAGUGGUGAUAAUGAGGGGUACUACUUGGCUCAUUACAUAAUGGAUGAUCUCAAGAGAGAUCCUCUCUAUUGCCUGGAUAAUAAUCACACCCAUCUGUUACUGGUUGACAAUGGCACCAACGGGCACCCAACGAUAGAGGCAGAAGUACGAACUCAGUUAGAAAAGUACAUUUCAGAGCGAGUUAUCCCAGAAUCAAAUUAUGGUGGGAAGAUUCCAAUUGUAUGUUUUGCUCAAGGAGGAGGUAAAGAGACUUUGAAAUCUAUCCAUGUGGCCAUCAAGAGUAAAAUUCCCUGUGUUGUCGUGGAAGGCUCUGGACGGAUAGCUGAUGUUAUAGCUAGCUUGAUGGAAGCAGAAGACACUCUUACUUCCUCAUGUGUCAAGGAGAGCUUGCUGAGGUUUCUGCCUCGCACCAUCUCAAGGCUCUCAGAAGAGGAGACUGAAAGCUGGAUCAAAUGGAUCAGAGAAGUGCUUGAGAACCCUCAUUUACUGACAGUUAUCAAAACAGAAGAAGCUGGAGAUGAAAUUGUGAGCAAUGCCAUUUCUUUUGCUCUGUACAAAGCCUUCAGCACCAAUGAACAUAACAGAGAUAACUGGAAUGAACAGCUGAAGCUGCUGCUGGAGUGGAACCAGUUGGACCUGGCCAGUGAUGAGAUCUUCACCAAUGACCGAAACUGGGAGUCUGCUGACCUGCAGGAUGUCAUGUUCACAGCCCUAGUGAAAGACAGGCCCAAAUUUGUUCGUCUCUUUCUGGAAAAUGGUCUGAAUUUGAGGAAAUUCCUUACCACAGAGGUCCUUAGAGAGCUGUACACCAACAAUUUCAGCAGCUUGGUGUUCAAGAACCUGCAGAUCGCCAAGAACUCCUACAAUGAUGCACUCCUCACGUUUGUGUGGAAGAUGGUUGAAGACUUCCGAAGAGGUCUCAAAAGAGAUGAUAAAAAUAAUAAGCAUGAGCUGGAAAUACAUCUUUCAACUGAGUGUCCUAUCACAAGGCAUCCGUUGCAAGCUCUAUUCAUCUGGUCUGUUCUUCAGAACAAGAAGGAGUUAUCCAAAGUCAUUUGGGAACAAACCAGAGGUUGUACUUUGGCAGCUCUUGGGGCCAGUAAGCUCCUGAAAAGCAUGGCAAAAGUGAAGAAUGAUAUAAAUGCUGCUGGUGAGUCUGAGGAGCUUGCUAAUGAGUAUGAGACAAGAGCAGUAGAGCUGUUCACUGAGUGCUACAGCAAUGAUGAAAAUCUAGCUGAGCAGCUGCUGACCUAUUCCUGUGAAGCCUGGGGAGGGAGCAAUUGCCUGGAACUAGCGGUGGAAGCGAAAGACCAGCAAUUCAUUGCACAGCCAGGGGUGCAGAAUUUCCUUUCCAAGCAGUGGUAUGGAGAGAUUUCAAGAGAUACUAAGAAUUGGAAGAUUAUACUGUGUCUGUUCUUUUUCCCUUUAAUAGGCUGUGGUUUCAUUUCAUUCAGGAAAAAACCCGUGGAGAAGAGUAAGAAGCUCUUCUUGUAUUAUGUGUCGUUCUUCACCUCGCCCUUUGUAGUCUUCUCCUGGAAUGUUAUCUUCUACAUCGUUUUCCUGUUGCUCUUUGCCUACGUGUUGCUCAUGGAUUUCCAGAAGGAACCUACCGUCCUGGAGAUCAUCCUUUAUGUGCUGGUCUUCAUUCUGCUUUGUGAUGAAGUGAGACAAUGGUAUAUGAAUGGUAGUAAGUAUCUCACAGAUCUGUGGAACGUUAUGGAUACCUUAGCAAUCUUCUACUUCAUUGCAGGGAUUGUGCUCAGGCUUCACUCAUCUAAUGAAAGCUCUUGGUAUUCUGGGAGAGUCAUUUUCUGUUUGGACUACAUAGUUUUUACUCUGAGACUGAUCCAUAUUUUCACCGUUAGCAGGAAUCUAGGACCCAAAAUUAUUAUGCUGCAGAGGAUGAUGAUAGAUGUCUUCUUCUUCCUCUUCCUCUUUGCUGUGUGGAUGGUGGCCUUUGGUGUGGCCAGGCAAGGCAUCCUGAGGAAGAAUGAGCACCGCUGGGAAUGGAUAUUUCGAUCCGUCAUCUAUGAGCCAUACCUGGCUAUGUUCGGCCAGUACCCCGAUGAUGUUGAUGGUACCACAUACAACUUUGACCGCUGCACCUUUUCUGGGAAUGAGUCCAAGCCCUUAUGUGUGGAACUGGAUGCCAACAACCAACCCCGUUUCCCAGAGUGGAUUACUAUCCCGCUUGUGUGCAUAUACAUGCUCUCAACUAACAUCCUCCUUGUGAACCUACUUGUGGCCAUGUUUGGUUACACUGUUGGGUCAGUACAAGAGAACAAUGACCAGGUGUGGAAGUUCCAGCGUUACUUCUUGGUCCAGGAAUACUGCAGUCGCUUGACCAUCCCCUUCCCUUUUGUCAUCUUUGCCUACAUCUUCAUGGUGAUGAGGAAAUGUUUUAAAUGCUGCUGUAAGAAUGAGAGUAAAGAGCCAUCUAUCUGUUGCUCAAGAAAUGAAGAUUAUGAAACUCUGUCAUGGGAAGCUGUCAUGAAGGAAAAUUACCUUGUCAAAAUCAACACCAAAGCCAGUGAUACCUCAGAAGAGAUGGUGCAUCGAUUUAGACAACUGGAUGCAAAGCUGUCUGAUUUGAAAGGCCUCCUAAAAGAGAUUUCCAGCAAAAUCAAAUGAAUGUGACUGAAAAUCAGAUAUCUGAGCAGGGUACCGACUCACCAAGAAUCUCAGAGCCUGUGGUAACCACCAUGUGAACAGUCACCAACUCAACCGAGUGUCAGUGUCUCAGUUUUGUUUUUAACCAGACAACCCUUUCAGUUUGUUGGAUGAUGACGGUAAAAUGUUAAGACUGUUUCUCUCCUGUCACAACUCCUGAGUUACUCAAGCUCAUUUUCCCUUGCUUUCUCAGUAAUUCAAUGACAGAAGAUAGUUCUUAUCAGCUUCUGUUAAAAUUCACUCCUACUUCCAAGUGUGCUGCUGCUGCUGCUGUAAUCACUCUGCUUCUGAAUUUCAAUUAAAGGAAUCUAUUCAUGGCUUUCCUUUAGCUACCAAUUGCUUGUCUUAAUAAGUCUCUCUUUCCUCUCUUUCUUGUAGUAGCCAUCUCUAGCUUGUUAACUGUACAGUCUAUCUGCUGAAGUCUGUAAUGCUGGUACCUCAGGCCCAACAGCCUUACCUUGGACUGCACAUGAACAGUGCAAACUUCUCUCUUCUACCUGUAACUGUGUAGCUAGCAAUGCAGAAAAUCAACUGUUACAAUCCUGCCUGGAAAGGAUGUAAUUCAUAUAGAAAUACUUUCAAAAAGCCUGGUGUAUAAUCCUUACUUAUUUCUAUGACUGGGAUUGGAGCAUUGUAAUUUGUUUUUUCUUUCAAGCAUCGCUUUGCAGAUGUUUGCAUUAUGGAUUUCAAGUUGCAAAGACAUUGUUGGCUGGCUUUAAAUUUUGUUAUACUUGCUAUGAUCUGUCUGCUCUUGCUGUUUUCUUUCUAAAAUAGCAGCUGAUUUGUGUGGUAUAACUGGGCACAUUACCAGUUGAAGGGAAACCACUCCAAAUGCCAUUCAUUUACCUUGCAAAAUAUUGUAUCCAUCUUCAUCUCCAGCAUCUAGGAGCAACCACCCAGUAGGUUUGAUUCUGAAACUUAGAUAUUUUUCCUUAUCUCACAAUGGCACCUUUAGUUCAUAUGCUUUACCAUGGCAUACAGCUGGUCUGAAGUGUCAUGCAGAAUAUCCAAGGCAGGAUAUACACAGAUGACUAGGUAGGUAGGUGGAGAGAGGUUUUUUUCUGGAAGCAGAACAUUCCUAUGGCAAAUCAACUCACCUGGUACAAAGAGGGUUAUUUACUGCCUGGCUAAAAGCACAACAGGGCAACAGAAGGAUACAAAGCAUGGAUGUUUUGGGAGAAUGUUUCUACCUCUGAGACGCAGCUGCAUGAGGUACAGCAAGCUGAUCAAAGAGGCCAGUACACGCAUGUAUUCUGCAGAGAGAUCUUUAAAUCUGACCCCUUUUUCUUACAUACCAGAAAACAUUCCAAAUCGUGUCCUGCUUCAUUGUUUGCAGAAGCUGCUGCUCUGUUUGUAGCUGUAAAAGCAAUAGUUUUCCAGGGAAAGCUGAUGAGGCCGUGACAGAAGGUUUACUAGCUAUUUCUUACUGCUUGACCUUUCCUGAUGUUACUGUACACCCUGCUUCGUGCAGUCCUGGGGUAUAGAGCAUUACGAAUAGAAUUAUUUCUAAUAUAUAUAGAUACAGAUAUUUCAGUAUUUUCCUGUACAAAGGAUUAGGAAGAACUCAGCAAGACCUUCAUAUACUCUGUGGCAUGUAGAUCACAUCAUAAAUGAUAAACAUCGAUUUACUUUCUAGAAAUUAUUUCUUGCGUGGCAUUUGUAUACCUGGGAUGUGAAAAAUGUGCUUUCUGUACAUAACUUUAAUUUAUAAAACCUGAAGGAUAUGUGCCAUUAUUAUUCCAUUGUAAAAUGAUGAAUGUAACUUCGAGACAAAGUCAGAAAGAACAAAAUGCUUGGGAUAUCUAUUUCCUGCUUCUCCAUCUUGUGUGUGUGUGCGCCUUUCCUUUGUGGCAAUGAAUGCUUGGACAGCUCAAGCUUUGAGCUUGGCUUCCUUCAGCCAUGGCCCCUUGCUCUGGGCAGUCCCCACUUGGAGACUGGGAGGAGUGGGGAUCCCCUCCAGAGAGAAGAGGGGAAGGAAGAAAUGAGCCUGCCUGGCUCCCUUCUGCCUUGCAGAAAGAAAUGAGAUGGAUGUGGCUGAAAGAGAUGUGUGGGCUUUGGAUGGAUAGAUGGAUGGAGCCCCACAGCAAGAAUGGGGCUGCCACAAUGCUCAGUAAACUUCCUUCCUGUUUAAACUUUUCCAUUAAAGAAAGUGGGGUGGAGUUGGCUUGGUGUUUUUGAUGAUUUGGGUUGGUUGGUUGGUUUUUUUUUUUGAGGACUGUAAGAAGGGAGAGAGCAGGGAUUAACCCCAAAUCAAGGUUCUCUUUUUGAGCCCAAGGUUCAUCUGGGACAGCUGCUGUGACAACAGCAGGUUGUCUUCUGAGAAUACAUUCAGUGGACACAACAGUGCAGGACCGCAGUGCAAGUAAAUUUCAGUCACCCUCACACACAGGAUGGAACAAUCACUGUUACAGCUUGUUUAGUAAGCAAAGAUGGAGCCCUAGUGUUUGUACUCAAGUGGACCUGUACAUCUUAAUGCACUAACACACAGCACCAUGUGGGCUGCAGUGAAAGGCACCAACUCUAUCCCAGACAGACCCAGCAUGGCAAGAUGUGAUUUGGAACAUUGCACGUUCAAAUAAACUUGAUGAGAUAGUCAUGCACCUAGAAGAGCUUGCAAGUGAUGAAACACAGAAGUCACUUGGAAAUAUUUGCUCAGCUUUGCUGGAAGCACGAAUGAAGAGGGUUGUGAACUGAUGGGCGGAUAUUUGCAGAUGAGCACAUACAUACAAUGUUUGGGAUAGGGAAAAAAGCCUUGAAAAUUAUCAGCGUGGUCAGCAAAAUUAAAAACAAAACAACAAAAAAACAAGGAAGAUGUAUCUCUUUCUUUGGCUUUCCAGGUAAUGGUCUUUGAGGCUGGAGUUAUCGUUUGUCUUGCAUCAACUACAGCACUUUACCAGUGACCCCAUAAGAACUGUUACUGCUGAGCUGGCAGAAACAGGAACUAUAAAUAUUUAAUGUUUCAAAGGCUCAAGGGAACGAAGAGACACCUCUGAGGUUCUGCUGCAGGCUGUGAUGUUUAAGAGCAACCAUCCAGUGUGUAGUGUUGAGGUUUUGUUUGCUGCAAUGUGUGCUUUCUAUUGCUUCACUCUCAAAGUCCACAGCAACGGCAGUAAAAACUGUGCUGGUUUAGGUUGCAUUUCUUAGACCAGCGUGGAUGGUGCACCUUAGGAGUACAGUGCAAAGGGGUCUGGACACUGCCUCUACACACUUUCUGAAUGUAAUCUUAGAAGACGGAUCCAUUUCCAUCCUUACCACUGUAAGGACUUCUGUCUCCCAGGAGUAUUUUAUCUGCCAUUGGGAGUAGUUCCUGAGUGCCUGGGAUGGUGUUUGGACUGUUCUCAAGAGUACAGAUGUAGAAUGAUUGUUCUCCCAGUAGUCUGGGAACAGCUGAGAGUGAAAGAGGUCUGAAAACAGUCAUAUAAGAGAAGUUAUUAAACUCUGAUGUUCUCUUGUCUUAAAUGGUGCAAUUGUCUUAAACUGUUUUCAAUUUACAUUAAGUUGGAUAUGUCUCCUUCCUUCCUGCCCUAAGGUGCCCAGUCUUAGUGAAGCACUGGAGAAGAAGACACUCAAGGGGGAUCUUGUCACUGUCUAUAAAUACCUAUAAAGGAAGGGGUACAGAGAGGAAGGAGCCAAGCUCUUUCCGGUGAUCAAGAGGCACUGCACACAAACUGCAGUACAGGAGGUCCCCUCCUGUAGGCAGCACUUUUGUGCUGUGCACAGGAACCUGGGGAAUUACGGAAUCAUUAUGUUUAGAAAAGACCUAUAAGAUCAUGUGGUCCAACUGUCAACCCAUCGCCACCACUCCCACUAGCCCAUGCCCCUAAGUGCUGUGUCUACCCUCUUGCAAACAUCCAGGGAUGGUGGCGCUGCCACUUCCUCUGGCAACUUGUUCCAAUGUGUUACCAGUCUUUCCGAGAAGAAUUUUUUCCUCAUAUCCAACCUCAUGUUCAGUGAGAUGUAAACUAACACCCCAAGGUCCUUUUCCUCCAUACAGCUUUCCAGUCACUCUGCCCCAAGCCUGUAGUGUUGCCUGGGGUUGUUGUGACCAAAGUGUAGGAUCUGGCACUUGGUCUUGUUGAAACUUAAGCAAUUGGUCUCAUCCCAGCACUCCAGCCAAUCCAGGACAUUCGUAAGGCCUUCCUACCAUCUGGCAGAACAAUAAUUGGUAUUAUCUGCAAACUUACUGAGGGUGCACUCAGUCCUCUCAUCUGGAUAGACUGUGGCAAUGCUCUGAAAUGACAGCUAGCACAGGUACACGAGCACCAUUGAACUGUUACAGCUGUGAACUGCAUUUGGCUCAUCUGGAAGAUAUCCCUGUUCAAGAGCCAGGAGCAGGAGGAAUUCUUCUGAUGACUUUGCUUGGCUUAGCUUUGCAACAUCAUUAUUCAUCACUUUUGGAGUGCAAAGCCCAGGCUGAGGAGGGGAUUAAUUGCUUGUUCUUUCAGCAUUGCUUGGAACACAACUAUCGCUUUGAAUAAAAAUGGGAGUAUCUUUCCUUUUUGACUGCAAA